AUGGGCGUCACGCAGAGUAGCAUGGUGAUUCAAGUCCUGUCUAAAGCCUGUGAUAAGGCCUAUGAAAUUGGACACGAUAGUAUUGAUAUCUCAUCUCUUUUGCCAGAGACCUUGCAGGAUGUGAGCAUACUACAACAGGCAUGGGCUCAACUUCCACACGGGGCCAAACAACAGAUUGAAUCAAAAAGAAAAAAGAGAAACAAAGAGUUAGAAAAUGGUAAUCAGAAAACAAAGAGAGUAGCGAAACCCCCAAAGCGACCGGGGAACAAGGUGAAUAAUAGGGAUAAUGAUGUGGGUACCGAGAAUUGCUUGGAUACUUGGGAGGAUGAUUUGAAUGCUUGGGAGAAGAGCCCACUAUUGUUUUUCCAGACUUCGGCUGACUUUAUUGCGUCACCCUUGGACGGGUUCUGUAACUUUGUGAAGAGCAAGCCUACUUGCCCCGGCUUGAUACAAGAGCGUUUCCUCGCAGUGGUGUGCUUUCGGCUCAAGCGACGUUUAGGUAAACGCAUCGAUGCAGAUAAGGUGGACAUCUUGAUGGAAAUCAUUAAUGCCGAUAACAAAUGCGACCCGAAAGAGCUUCGGUCCAAGAUUGCUGCUCUUGCAACACAGGGUCGCCGAAUAUAUAACUUAUGCGAACGCGUUGGAUGGUGCAGCCGAGAUGAGUUCUCUCGCCUCGGAUUUCUAUUUUGUUUAAACUCUGUCAAUCACACAUCGUGA